AACAUUCCACCACCAUAGCCAACCAUUUCUAUCGCUAAGGAGUGGACACACACAUAUAAAAAGAGGAAUCGGCAGACAUGAGCCAUUCACCAAAGGAUUCUUGGUCUAACAGGAUUCUUCCUCUCUCCAGUGGGAAAAUGGUUGAUUUUGAAGUGACAGUAUUCACUGCCAAUAUCGACUAUGCUGGGACUUUAAACAAUGUCUACAUUGAGCUGGUGGGAACAGAUGGGAAUAGUGAACGCGAGUUGCUGAUGGACUAUCUUCGGACCUGGAACUUUAUAAGAGGAGCAGUGUCUAGUUUUACAGUACCUUGCCCUGUCUCCAUUGGAAAGCUGAUCCAGAUCAAGCUGGACAAACCGCGCUUCCUGUUCUUUGAAGACAAUUGGUUUCCUAAAAAGGUGGAAGUGAAAUCCCCUGAGGGAGACACCUACAACUUCCCCAUCUACCGCUGGAUCAAUGACAGCGAGGUGCACUGCUUCAGAGAGGGAACAGCUCUGACAGCCUGUAAAGAUCCACAUUCCAAGACAAUACGGGAGCAGGAGAUAAAACAGCGAGAGAGUGACUAUUGUUGGCAUGAUCAUGCAGAGGGGUUACCCCAUUGCAUGAAGGCGGAUAGCCUUUUUUCCCUGCCUUCUGCGCUCCGCUUCUCCUACACCAAGGACAUAGAGCUUGCCUUCACUCUAGGGACAGGGCUAAUUGAGCUCAAACUUGAGGGAGUGGCUGAUUCCGUGGAUGACUGGACUAAGAUUGAUGAUAUCAAAACAGUGUUCCCUUGCAGAUCAACACAAAUUUACGACUAUGCCGAGGAACAUUGGAAAGAGGAUGCUUUCUUUGGCUACCAGUUCCUAAAUGGUGUCAACCCCAUGUUGAUCCGACGUUGUUCAACUCUGCCCAAAAACUUUCCUGUCACUGAUGAGAUGGUCUUCUCCAGAGGUCCGUAUACCUUGGCAGAGGAAAUGAAGAAAGGCAACAUAUUCCUGUGUGACUUCAAGCUUCUGGAUGGACUGAAAGCUAACAUCAUCAAAGAAAAGCAGCAGUACAUGACGGCUCCCCUCGUCCUGCUCCACAAAACACCCGAUGACAAGCUGAUGCCACUUGCUAUUCAGCUGAAGCAGACUCCAGGAGAAGACAAUCCCAUCUUCCUGCCUACUGAUUCUGAGUACGACUGGUUGAUGGCCAAGAUUUUCGUGAGAAGUGCAGAUUUCAACCUGCAUCAACUCAAUGUUCACCUGCUGCGCACACAUCUGCUGGCUGAAGUCUUCACGGUGUCUCUGAUGCGCAACAUUCCCAUGGUGCAUCCACUGCACAAGCUGCUGUUGGCUCACACAUGGGACACCUUGGAAAUCAACUACUUAGCUCGAAAUCAACUAAUAUCUAAGAAUGGAACUUACACCGAGUUUGCAGCGGCUGGUGGGGAGGAUAUGAUGAAACUCCUGAAGCGAUCACUGUCCUCAUUGACCUACAGCUCCCUCUGCAUACCAGAGGACAUCACUGAGCGUGGCCUGCAGACUGUGCCCAACUUCUACUACAGGGAUGAUGGACUCGAGCUCUGGGGUAUCAUCCAAAGGUUUGUGGAAAGAAUGCUCAAGUUCUACUACAACAAUGAUGCCGAGGUCAAGAAAGACUCUGAACUGCAGAAAUGGAUUUCGGACAUUUUUAAGCAUGGAUUUCUUUCCAAAGUAUCCAGUGGGAUCCCACAGAGAUUCACCACCGUGGAAGAGUUGGUGAAGUUUGUCACCAUGGUGAUCUUCACCUGCUCAGGACAGCACUCAGCUGUGAACUCUGGACAGUAUGACUAUGGUGGCUGGAUGCCCAACAGUCCCUCCACAAUGCAACGUCCUCCACCAACCAGAAAGGGGAAAACAAAUCAGGACACGAUGCUGCAGACAUUACCCAACAAGGGUGUAACAGCUAACGCAAUGGCCGCCUUGUGGCUACUCAGCAAAUCAUCGUCUGACUACGUCCCUCUUGGCCAGUACCCAGAGGCCCAUUUCAACGAGACGAAUCCCUGCGAGCUGAUAAAACACUUUCAAGGAAUGCUUCAAGCGUUAAGUGCAAACAUCAAAAUCAGAAACUUGCCCCUGAAGGUCCCAUACACAUACAUGGAUCCAGAAAAGGUAGAAAAUAGUGUGGCUAUUUGAAUAUCAGAAGGUGUAUGUUCCCGAGGUGCUGGCCAAAUUCACCUUCAUAUUAACCAAAGUAGAAAAGGGGAAAAACUGCAUGUUAUUAAAGGGGACCUAUCAUGCAAAAUGCACUUUUGUACGUCUUUUAUACAUGAAUAUGUGUCCCCGGUGUUCCAGGGAACUCACCAA